UACAGUUCAUUCUAAAGCUCGGUGAAAGUUUAAAUCCCCUAAAUAUACUGCUGCAGGUCUGACUCCGCUGCACUUUAUUUAAAGAGAAGCAGUUUUACUUUGUUCCAGUAGAGCAACAACUUAACGCGUACAGUGCGGGUCUGAAGGGUUUUUUCAUCGAGCAUACAGCAAAGAUUUGAGUUGUGGGAAAUCUUGAACACUCCUCAUAGCAUCAUGUCUGAGUUGAGCGGGAGGGUCCAGACUGUGCUGGGUUUAGUAGAUCCAGACCAGCUUGGCCGUACUAUGACCCACGAGCACCUGACCAUGAGCUUCGAGUGCUGCUUCUCGCCCCCUCCCCCAGGUGACGAGGCAGUGGCGGAGAACCCGUUUCAUAUGCAGCACAUGUUCUGGCUCAGGCAAAACCCGUACAGCUCCCACGAGAACCUGCUCCUGAAGCAGGAGACCGCCGCUGUGCGGGACGAGCUGUUGGCCUACAGGAGGGCCGGCGGGGGAACGAUAGUGGAGAACACCACCACUGGAAUCGAACGGGACCUUCCCACCCUCCGACAGCUGGCCAAGGACACCGGGGUCCACAUCAUUGCGGGUGCAGGGUACUACGUGGACUGCACCCACUCUGAGGCCACCAAAGGGAUGAGUGUGGAGAAGCUUACAGACAUCAUCAUCAGUGAGGUCCUUCACGGCGCUGACGGCACAGACAUCCGUUGCGGUGUAAUCGGUGAGAUCGGCACCAGCUGGCCCAUCACGGAGAGCGAGACAAAGGUGCUGCGAGCCUCGGCGCACGCUCAGGCUCAGCUGGGCUGUCCUGUUAUCAUCCAUCCUGGCAGGAAUCACACCGCUCCAGCUGAGAUCGUUCGGAUACUCCAGGAGGCCGGUGGUGACAUCAGCAAAACUGUUAUGUCUCACCUAGACAGGACGAUAUUGGAUGAAGGUGAGCUGCUGGAGUUUGCUAAGUUGGGGAGUUACCUGGAGUAUGAUCUGUUUGGAACUGAGAUGCUGAACUAUCCGUACAACCUGGACGUGGACAUGCCCAGCGACAGCCAGAGAGUGAAAGCCCUGGCGUUUCUGGUGAAGGAGGGCUAUGAGGACAAGAUUGUGAUCGCUCAUGACAUCCACACCAAGAACCGCCUGACCAAGUACGGCGGCCACGGCUACUCUCACAUCCUGAAGAACAUCGUGCCAAAGAUGCUGACGAGGGGCAUAUCGCAGCACCAGGUGGACAAGAUCCUUAUCGACAAUCCUAAAUGCUGGUUGACCUUCAAAUAAUUAAAAAAAUAGAGGCGCGAGGAGGGCGAAUUCACCCGGCUAUUAUUCGUCUUCUGAUGACGACUCGUAAUGAAUACUGAUCACGAUCCAGAGUCAUGCAUUAAUGUGUUCUUGGGCUCAUACAGCAACGAGCUUGCCACCGUUGUAUGUAAAUUUUUCUUUAAUCUCACCGUUUUCAGCAAAACAAAACGUCCAUUAUAUUUCAAAGGAAAAUAAUUACAGGCUUUUGGAUUUUUGUAGAGGCUCUUUUAAUGCAAAACAUGUUCUUUGUUUAAAUAUUUGUGAUUAUACAUGAUUCACUUUGUAAGCAAAUUAAUAAAGGAGGCCUUGCAGGGUCACGGUGCCUGUUAUAGCACGAGAAAAUCUUUUGCUCGUCAGUAGAAGUGUGAUUGCAA